UAUAAUAUUUUUUACCUUCAAAAUUUUUAGAAAGUGGGGGCAUUAAAAUUAAAACAUAAAUAAGAAAAAGGAAAAAUAAAAUUAAAAACGCGGCUGCUUUACACCAAAAAAACCGUAGUUCAUCUCUGCUAAUCAAAUUCCAGCUCCUACAGAUCGUCAAUUUUACGAUCCACAACUAAAAAGGGGUUUUUAAUACUCCUCAAAUUUCGAUCAAUUACAAUUAAAUUACCCUCAAAAAACCCAGAAAAAUUUAUUCUUUUUCUUCCCAAUUUAAUUCAUUUAUUUUAUUUUAUUGUUUUUUUUUUCCUUUCAAUUAGGUGGUUUUUUCUGGAUUUCAGCUAUUGAUCUUGAUCUAAUAAGGUGAAAUAACUAAUGGGGUUUUCUAGAUUUCGAUAUUCUUCAAUGGGUCGAAUAGAAUUUGUGAUUUUAUUUUCUGGGAAAUUGUGAAAUAGCUUGGUGAGUAAUUUUUGUCAAUCGAAACGUUUCGCGUUUCUGAGAUGAUUUCUUUGGGGAGGAAGGGAUUAGAGCAGAGAUUUAGCAGUAAUAAUAAUAAGAGAGAGAUGGAGGUUGAGACUGAGCUUGAAGAAGGAGAAGCUUGCUCUUACCAAGACGAUGAUGAUGAUACAAGCAUUGACCCUGAUGUUGCCCUUUCUUACUUAGAUGAUAAACUUCAAGAUGUACUGGGUCACUUUAAGAAAGAUUUUGAAGGGGUGGUUUCAGCCGAGAGUUUGGGAGCAAAAUAUGGUAUAUAUGGUUCGUUCUUGCCAACUUAUCGCCGAUCACCUGUUGGAUCUCAAUCUAAAAGUCCACCAAGAGUUCAAAAUAAUAUUACUCCCCAGUCUCCAAAUACAUUACAAAUGGAGGUUGGUCAUCAUAAAUCUCUUGCUCCGGCCAAUGUCUCGUAUUCAAUAAAACAAGGAUCUGCUUCUACUGGUUCUGCUUCAUCUUUUCCUUACAAGCCAUUACCCCAAAAUGACCUGAGUAGAAAAAAUGGGAGGAAAAAAUCCAUUAAGUCAUUGGAUUUGUGUGCAACUAAAUCUGAAGUUCGUGAUCAGAAAACGCUGAAAGUUCGAAUUAAAGUGGGUUCAGAUAAUUUGUCAGUGAAGAAAAAUGCUGCAAUCUAUAGUGGUCUUGGACUUGAUGGUUCUCCAACUUCAUCACUUGAUGAUAGCCCCAUGGAUAAUGAAGGGCUGUCUUGUAGACUUUCAUUUGAUGGUUUCGAGUCUCCAACUCAAAUUAUUCAAAUGAUGACAUCCUCCCUGCUAUUAGGAGGUUGCUUUUUGUCUCCUCUUCCAGAUGACCUGAUGUGUUUGAGUGAAAGGCCAAAACACACGCAAGACAUUCUUACUGAAACUUCCUCCAAGGCCGAACUAAAAAAUUCUGUCACAGGGCACCCAACUUUUCCAAUCAAAGAUAAGACAAGUUCUGUUGAGAACAACAUGAAGUUGUUGGAUAAAAAAGGGUUAUCUUUGCAAGAUAAGGGAGAUGGGAAGGACAACAAUAUAGGUUUUGGUUCCCAAUUGAAGGAGACAGACAUUGAUGCUGUUUCUUGUGAUGAGCUUGUUUCUAAAGCUUUGAAACUUCCCCUUCUAUCUAAUGCUCACAGUGAUGUGAGAUGCUCUCCAACAGCUUCUUUGAAGCAAACAGUUUUCAGUGAUACAUCAGAGAGGGAGCCUUUAGAACCAGUUUUUGUCCAUGUCAGCUUAAGUGAGAAAUCAACUGGGAAGGUAUCCUAUGCUGCAAAUAACUCAAAUAGCAAAGCUGCUGAAGUCCGAAACAAUAUGGUGACCGAUUCAGAAAAAGUUGGUGAUGACAAAUUUAAAACAGUUGAUGGUACUACUAAUUUCAGUACUGGUGCUUCCAAUUUAAAAAAGGCUUCAAAGAAUGGACUGAAAGAUCCUGUAAAUCAAGGGACCAACAAAUUUACUUCCCGUGAUGAUGCUAUGGCUGUAUCUUGUGGGAAUGGACAGUUCUCGUUUGGUGAUGAAAAAAGACCAAAGAAAAGUCAAGCUCGUGGAUUUGCUACUGGAAAAAUAGCCAUGGAAAUUAAUGAAGAUAGUGCUCCGUUGCUGAAAGACAUGAAGUAUACUGAUGCUGAGAAAACUGCUUGUAGAAUUGAAGUGCAAAAGGAUUCCAAGAUAGGCAUGGGUCAAUAUGUUGACUUCUUUGGAGAGAUGAAUGAGGAAGAAGGUGAUGUAAUGGACUCCCCAGAUGUCCCUUCUGGAGAGAUGUUGAAGACCUCUGAGGUGGUUGACAAGACCAGCUUUGUUUAUGAGAACAAUUCUAAGGAGAGGACAAGUUCCUUGGAUACACGCAAGGGAACAACUUUCGGGGAGAAACUUAAAGGGCACUCUACCGAUGCUCCUGUGCCAGAAAAUGGCCGCCCUAUAUUUGAAACAGCUCCUACUAGCAAUGAAGCAAAUGUUGAUUGGGUUGGCUGUGACAAAUGCCAGAAAUGGCGAGUUUUCCCACCUGGCUGUAAACCUGACAACCUUCCUGAUAAGUGGGACUGCAGUAUGAUGACCUGGCUGCCUGAUAUGAACCGUUGCAGCGCUAGUGAGGAGGAAACCAACAAUUUCCAUGUCCCUCCUCCUGGAAUGACUUCAGCUGAUAUUAUGAACUCUGGGAGAAUAACCAGUAAAGUAAGAAAACCGUCAAAGUCAUCUUUCCAAAAUUCUCCAAAAAAGCCUCCAAGCUCUAUAAAGAAGCAAUUUUCAGCAAAAGAGCCAUACCACAUGAACGGACUAGAUCUUGAGCAACAAGCUAAGUCUGGUGAUACAUAUCCAGAUUCUGGUCAACAUAAGAAAAUAGAGAAGCACAGAAUGGAUUGUUACUCUGAUGGAGGUCAUGCUAAGAACCCAAAAAUAAAAAGCAAAAGGGAAUCUGAUCAAGAUUUUUCUAGAACUUCUAAGAAAAGUAAAACACGUAGCAUGCAAAGUGGGGAUAAUGGGGUAGCUGCCCAUGAUCAAGGUUUUGAGACUUUGGGUGUUAGCUCAGGCUAUGGGCUGGGAGCUGGUACAUCUGGAAAGGAUCAGGUAUCUGACUUAGAAUUCUUUGCUUCUCAGAACUCUAAGGAUGACAUCAAUAGCAUCCGUCCAGAUUAUUUUGGCAAAUCAAAAUUUCAAGUUGAGGACCUUCCAGUUGUUGGUUCCAUGCAUGUCAGCAAGUCUGGUAGUGGAAAUAAGAAGAGAAAAGGUGAUAAUUUCAAGGAUCCUCCAAACUCUACUCCAUCUUCUGGCAAAUUGAGGGAUGAUAAUGAAAAAUCUAGCAGGAAGAGGCAUAGGAUAUCCAAGUCAGAAGGAAAAGAUUCCAGUGCAAGUAAAAGAAAUGGUAAAGCAGACAAGAAGACUAAAAAUGUUUCACAACACAGAUUGGUUAGUAAUGAGUCUGUGCAAAAGGAUUCAGUAGGUGCAAAUCCUGUUAUGGCAGCUACAUCAAGCUCUUCAAAAAUUUCUGGAUCUCUUAAAGUCAAAUCUAAGUUCCAGGAAAUAAAAGGUUCACCUGUUGAAUCAGUUUCUUCUUCUCCCUUGAGAAUUCCAAAUCAAGAUAACAUCAUAUCUGGGUGCAAAGUAACAGUAGGGAAUGAUGACGUCCAAGAGGCCACCAAAGUGGCAACAGACAGUCCUACAAGGUGCUCUGCUGUUGAUUAUGAUGGCAACGAUGAUCAAUCUGGAGCUAUACUGAACGAUAAAAUUGCAACAGGCACACUUCAUGGCUCUUCAAAUUUGAUUGGCGUGCAAGACAAAAGUAUAGGAGAUUUACAGCUGACUAAUGGUAACAGCCGCGUUGAAAAUUUGAACUUAGAUAAUGGGUUCCCCUCAGAGACACAAGUUUCACAUAGAUGUGUGAAUGAAACAGCAGCUAGAGGUGAACUCCGUCUUGAUGCCAAUAUUUCAAACUCAGGAAAAUCUUGUAAGGAUUCUCCUUCACUCUCCAAUGAUAAGAAUCAAACUUUGAAAUCUAAUUCUGGGAAGAGCAAAGUUAAGAUGUCCGACUCAUAUGAGAACUCACUGAAUCAUACAAUAGCUCAUGAAGAGAGAGAACUGGACAGGAAAGUAAAAGUUGACGAGAAAUGUGGGUCAAGUGCUGAUAAGAAUAUGAAUUGUACAAUAUUGAGCAAUAAAGAACCCUCUUUUCCAAAGUCUGAAGGAAAGCCAGAAUUUGAUGAGAGAAGAUUUUCAAAGAAGUUUGAUGUGGAUAAAUCUGAGGACUUGGUACCAAUAUCUGCAAAAGAGAAGUCCAGGCAUAUGCUGCGUUCUGAUGGUGAGAAAAAGGAGGCGUUAGAUAAUCUGCAACCUAAGCAAGGUAUUAAGGCCAGUACUUCAGCCAGUGAUGCUCGUCUUGAUGCUCUUCCUAGGGAACCCAGACUGAAUAAAAAAGCUGAUAGUCAGAAUGGAACUCAUAUUUUGUCAAAGCAAACAAUAUCUAAUGGCCACAGGAACAAGAAUCAGGAUGCUCCAAGUCCUCUUAGAAGGGAUUCUUCUAGUCAAGCUGCAAGCAGUGCUAUUAAAGAAGCCACAAACCUCAAACACUUGGCUGAUCGACUGAAGAGCUCGAGUCCAACAGAAAGUAUAGCAAUGUACUUUGAAGCAGCACUGAAGUUUCUUCAUGGAGCCUCCCUUCUAGAAUCUGGAAAGGCUGAGAACAUUAAACAUGCAGAUAUUGCUCAAUCUAAGCAAAUCUAUAGUAGUACCGCAAAGCUUUGCCAGUUUUGUGCCCAUGAAUUUGAGAAGAUGAAAGACAUGGCUACUGCUGCACUGGCAUACAAAUGUGUGGAAGUGGCAUAUAUGAGGGUAAUUUAUAAUUCACAUAUUACUGCAAGCAGAGAUAGGCAUGAGUUGCAGGCUGCUCUGCAGAUGGUUCCUCCAGGAGAGUCGCCUUCUUCAUCUGCCUCUGAUAUUGACAACUUAAACAACAAUGCUAAUGGGGACAAGGCUGCUCAGGCCAGAAGUGGUGGUUCACCUCAACUUGCAGCAAACCUCGUCAUUGCAGCCAAGAACCGUCCAAACUUUUCUAGGCUUCUUAGUUUUGCUCAGGAUGUAAAUUCUGCAAUGGAAGCUUCAAGAAAAUCACGCAUUGCUUUUGCAGCUGCUAAUGUUAGCAUGAGUCGGGCAGAUUUAAAAGAGGGAGGAAUCACUUCCAUUAAGAGAGCUCUGGAUUUCAAUUUCUAUGAUGUUGAUGGGCUACUGCGUUUGGUUCGGCUUGCUAAGGAAACAAUCAGUCGUUAAGCAGUUAUUUUUGGCAGUUCAUGUUGUCCAGAGGAAGUUAUGUCUUUUGUGGAACUGUCUUGAGGAGGUAAAAAGUGAAUGGGUUUCAUCCUUUGCUUGCAUGUGGUGAUAUGGACCAGAAAUCAUUUCAUGUCUUCAGCUGGUUCCUCACAUGGACAAGAGACUCAUUGCAAGCUGUUGACAAUAGUAUCAAGGCUAUCAAUUAUCUUAUGUUUCUUGGGAGUAGCAGUCAAUGAGAAUUCUUUUUGCGGCUAAUUAUUAUUGGAAGGGAUGGCAAUUAUCAUUAUUGGAUUUCCAUCCUGUUAUGACAAGAGAAUUCCUAUACCGUUCAUGUUAUUUUAAUUCAAGUAUGAUUGUGUACAUAAAAGAGAUUAGAACAUGAGAAAUGUAGCUCAUAUGGAGUAACAGUCACUGGAGCUUGCUGGGAACCCUGAAACCGCAUCACUCUUGUUUCUAGACAAUCCCAGAAGAUUGAGGAAAAACUACAAUUUGAUUGCUGACAUUUUCUAAAUGAGAGGAUACAAGUGGCAUGAAGCACCAAAUACAUGUAUAUAAGGCAGCAAAAUCUUCCGUAUAUUUUUAGGAAGAAACACCGCAGAGUUUGCACAGCACACUCCUAAACUGAAAUCACUAACGAUGGGAUCAGCUCUAACAGGUGUAUGCUGCAGGUUUUUGUUAACUUUAAAAACUGUAAAUACAAGAAACAUGAGUACCCCUUUACCUAUUUUAAGGUUUUUCCCCCCUCUAAAUUCGUUUAUUAUUAUUUUUUUCCAGAAACAAUGUAUAAGGUUUUUUUUUUUUUUUUUUUUUUUUUUUUUUUUUUUUUUCACAAAACAAUAAGCAACUUAUUGUCUUACUACAAUCUAUGUAUUCUGUUCAUCUCUUAAAUACACCCCAAACAGCAUGUAUACAUUACCAUAUGAUACACUAGUACAAUCCUAAUCUCAAAGGGCAUUGCCCAGUUACGUGA